CGGUAAGUUUUGCUCUCCGUGGUCCACCACGAAGUCGAAAAGAGUGUCCCCCAGCGCAGAAGCAAUGGAAACCGAGGAGGUCACGUCCCGGGUGGCCCAGCUGGAGCUGAACUACGACACGUACGAGGCGGACUGCUCCUCCUCCGCCAGCACGGAACCAUUUCCGGUGCCGGAUGCCGCCAGCUGGCUGCAGUUUGGCGUCCACUCGCGGGACAUGACGCGCGAGACGGCCUACUGCGACGAGCGGCUGGUGCGGGAGGUUUUCGCGCUGCGCAGCUCGCUGGACGAGCAGGACGCCCGGAAGGUUCGGACGGCGCGCAAUCGGAGCAACUUCUUCGAAUUUAAGGCCGGGCAGUUUAUGAACCGGGCCGCGGUCAAGAUUGCGAACGUGGACGCCGCCUUCGGGUGGGAGUUGUGUAAGUUGGGCGAGGGGGAGGAGGAGGAGCUGAUGUACUUUGUGGACGUUUUCGGAGGUCCCGGGGGAUGUAGCGAGUACAUUCUGUGGCGGAACGGCGGCUGGAAGGCGCGUGGGUUCGGAUUUACCACGUACGGCGAUUACGAGUUUCAGCCGGAGUACUUUCGGGCGGUUUCGCCGGAGACGUUGGAUCCGUUUUACGGCGCGAAUGAUGAUGGGAAUCUGUUCGAUCCGGGGAAUAUCCGGGGGUUCAUCGAUUACGUGAUGGCACACACUGGGCAAGACGGGGUUCAUCUGCUCGUGUGCGACGGUGGAUUCCUGCUGAAGAAUAAUUGCCAGGAGGUCAUCUCGAAGCAGCUGUACCUGGUGCUGGUCAUGCUGGCCGUGACCGUGAUCCGUCCCGGGGGAAAUGCGAUCAUCAAGGUGUUCGAUUUGUACACGCCGUUCAGCGUGGGUCUGAUCUUCAUCCUGACCCGGAUGUACGCGAAGGUUUCGAUUCUGAAACCGUGCACUUCCCGGCCGGCCAAUUCCGAGCGUUACGUCGUGUGCCAGAAGCGCCUCAACAAGUGCCCGGACAUGGGCGAGUUCCUGUUUUCGGUCAACAAGGUCAUGUGGGAGAACAGCCAGGACAUGUGCGAGUCCAACCAGGACUACGACAUCCUGCAGCUGGUGGCGGAGGAUCUCAUCCAAAACGACGCGGAUUUCUGUCACUUUAUUCGAAACUCCAACGACAAGCUGGCCAGCCGCCAGAUCGACGGUCUAAAGGCGCUCAUCGACGCCCUGCAGCCCGGCUACCGCCCAAAACCCGUCGACCAUGACUUUGUGCAGGAAACGCUGUGGCGCUUCUGGAAGUUGGACCACAAAUCGGCGCUCGCACCGACCGCGGACGCCCGGACCAAGCCGGCCCCGGAAUACGCCGCCCAAUUCGUGGACGCCAAAACGCUCGAACUGUUCCGCUCGUCCGGAAACAUCCUGAACGGCAGUCGUCCGCUGCGGCAGACCUUCGGCUCACCGCACGACUGGAGCUUCGUGGCGCUGGACGUGUCCGCCGACAAGGGCAAAAACAUCCGCACCAUGUUCGUGAGCAAGGGCAACGGAAAUGUGUUCUUCUACGACAAGAAAAAGUCCGAGUGGCGCCAAAUCAAGGAGUACCAGCUGAUUCUGUCGCCGCGAACGGUGCUGUACGGCGAGAUCGUCGAGGAGAUUCAAGUCAAGAACAACCGCGAAACGCGCGUGUACGCGCUCCACAUCAUCGACGCCAUCGUCCUCGGGGGCGUCGACGUCCGCGCCCUGCCGCUGGCCAAGCGCAGUGCCCUCUGCGCCAAGUUCGCCACCGCGCUGAACCGGCCGCUGUGCCACCUCAGCACCAACCCGGUCCGGCCGAUCCCCGUCCGGGCCAAGCAGCUGUACGCGCUCGCCGAGAUGGAGCACUUCUUCGCGAACGUCACAAUCUACACGCUCGAAAGCGGAACCAAGGUGAUCGGGUGUGCCGUCGAGCGGUUCGACCCGCGCGAAACCCACCGCUUCUACAUUCCGCGCGCGCUGCUCUUCGUGCGGCACUCGCAGGAGGCGGGUCGAGUGUUGAGCUUCGAGCGCAGCUUCCGGAGCCGGCAGGUGUGGAUCUGGAGCCGGACGAAUCAGCUGUACUCCGCCGGACAGUACGCGGACGUCGAGCGGGAACCGGGCCUGGUGUACCGGGUGGAGUUUGAGGAGUUUAUUGACGAGAGCGAGGACGCGGAUUAGCGGGGAUGACGAAGUGCGAGUUUUUAUUUUUAUUAUUUUCAAACAUGAGUUGAAUUCUUAAGUUAUCGCGAUGUACGCGAUUUGUUGAUUUCCGAAAGCAAUAUGACCAAUUUUCUUUGUUGUAUGACUAUUGAGAACGUGAGGAAUAAAUGAACACGUUACGUUACGUAUUUUGCGUA